AUGUCUUCGGCGCCCGAGAAGCAGCAGCCACCGCACGGCGGCGGCGGCGGCGGCGGCGGCGGCGGCGGCAGCGGGGGAGGCGGCGCGGCCAUGGACCCCGCGUCGUCCGGCCCGUCCAAGGCCAAGAAGACCAACGCCGGCAUCCGGCGCCCCGAGAAGCCGCCCUACUCGUACAUCGCGCUCAUCGUCAUGGCCAUCCAGAGCUCGCCCACCAAGCGCCUGACGCUCAGCGAGAUCUACCAGUUCCUGCAGAGCCGCUUCCCCUUCUUCCGCGGCUCCUACCAGGGCUGGAAGAACUCCGUGCGCCACAACCUUUCACUCAACGAGUGCUUCAUCAAGCUGCCCAAGGGCCUCGGGCGGCCUGGCAAGGGCCACUACUGGACCAUCGACCCGGCAAGCGAGUUCAUGUUCGAGGAGGGCUCCUUUCGGCGGAGGCCGCGCGGCUUCCGAAGGAAAUGCCAGGCGCUCAAGCCCAUGUACAGCAUGAUGAACGGGCUCGGCUUCAACCACCUCCCGGACACCUACGGCUUCCAGAGCUCCGCCGGCGGCCUCUCGUGCCCGCCCAACAGCCUGGCGCUGGAGGGUGGCCUGGGCAUGAUGAACGGCCACUUGCCGGGCAACGUGGACGGCAUGGCUUUGCCCAGCCACUCGGUGCCACACCUGCCCACCAACGGCGGUCACUCGUACAUGGGCAGCUGUGGCGGUGCAGCGGCCGGUGAGUACCCGCACCACGACAGCUCGGUGCCUGCCUCCCCGCUGCUGCCUGCGGCCGCCAGUGGGGUCAUGGAGCCGCACGCAGUCUACUCGGGCUCCACGGCCGCCUGGCCGCCCUCGGCCUCCGCAGCCCUCAACAGCGGCGCCUCCUACAUCAAGCAGCAGCCCCUGUCCCCCUGCAACCCUGCGGCCAACCCCCUGUCUGGCAGUCUCUCCACACACUCCCUGGACCAGCCGUAUCUACACCAGAACAGUCACAACGCCCCAGCUGAGUUGCAAGGCAUCCCGAGGUAUCACUCCCAGUCCCCCGGCAUGUGUGACCGCAAGGAGUUCGUCUUCUCCUUCAACACCAUGGCAUCCUCAUCCAUGCACUCGGCCAGCAGUGGCUCCUACUACCACCAGCAGGUCACCUACCAAGAUAUCAAGCCCUGCGUGAUGUGAGGCCGCCGCUGGCGGGACCCUCCAGGCACGGGCGGCCUGGCGCAGGGACCCGGAACCCAUCGCAAGAAACUGCUUUAUUCUUGAGGUAUAACCGUAGGCAGAAGACGAGGGUUUGACCCCUACCCACCCGGAUUAUUUGGAAAGGAAUCCCCAAGGCAAAGACCCAGCAUGGUGGUCAGAACCUCCUCCCCCACUCCUUCAAAAAA